AUGCAUUUCACCAAUCAGUUUUUUUUACUUUUGUAUCAUUUGCAUCAAACAAUUAUACAUCUAUCUAUCUAUCUAUCUAUCUAUCUAUCUAUCUAUCUCAAAUGGCCAACAAGCACGCGGCAAGGCGCUAAUGGCGGCAUCUCCGUGACUUGUGCAGAUGUGUAUGGACGCUCCAUCAAUCGGUCACUUCUUUCAACGUCAUCGCCCAUGUUCUCUUUCGUGUUUAUUUCUAUUUGCUUGUUUGGCGUUCAGCCGUUCGUGAUACUUCAUCUGGCUAACUGGCUACGAUGUGUCCAGCGAAAUCCCAAACUUGUCUGUCGAGAAGCCGUCUCAGUUUUCAUGAGGGUACCACAAUCGAAAUGUUCGGAAGGGGAAAAAAAAAAUACUGUCGAAAAUUUCUUCGUUUCUUUAUUACUUUUCUUUUCAUACUUUUUUUUUUAUGUUGUAUGUGCGUAUGUUUCUUUUCAUUAA